CUCCCUACUCACACACUCACUCUAUCCUCUUUCAUGUUCCCUCUCUCUCUCUAUCAGUGUCAUUCUGUAGUGGAGAUGUGGAGUGUCUUUUUUUCUCUCUGUCUAUUUUUUCAGCCCAAUUCAGCAGAGGAAGUGAUGCUGCUGGACACAACAGAGUCGACCUCAGAGCUGGGCUGGACCACCUAUCCGGACACGGGGUGGGAUGAGGUCAGCGUCCUGGACGACCGGGGGAAGCUCAUACGAACCUUCGAGGUCUGUAACGUCAACCAAAACCCCCGUCUUCAAGACAACUGGUUGGCUACGCCCUUCCUGUACCGCCACUCGGCUCCGCGGGUGUUCGUCACGCUGCGGUUCUCGGUGCGCGACUGCGCCAGCCUUCGAUCGCCGUCCCCCACCUGCCGAGAGACGCUCACGCUCUUCUACAAACAGGCCGACUCCCAGAGGGAGCUGGAGAGGACUUGGGCUGCUGAGCCGUCCAACGGCGAGAAGGACACCAGGGAGGGGUGGGUGAAGAUCGACACCAUCGCGGCUGACAAGAGCUUCUCGAAGGUGGAGCCCAGUUCACCUCACCAGUAUCAACCCAACCGAUACAGCCGAAUCAACAUCAAGACACGCAGUUUUGGCCCACUCACACGCAAUGGAUUCGUGCUGGCCGUCGUUGACAGCGGAGCCUGCGUGUCCCUAAUGGGGGUGUCGAUCUUCUAUCGCCGCUGUCCGGCCACCAGCGUGCACUUGGCGUCCUACCCGGCGACCCCUUCAGGGGCCGAGCCGACCGCCUUGGUGCCCCUGAGCGGGACAUGUGUCCCCCACAGUAAAGCACAGGGGGGCACGCCCCCUCGAAUGCACUGCAAUACUGAGGGGGAGUGGAUGGUUCCCGUCGGCGGGUGCGUCUGUGAUGAAGGUCAUGAUCAGAACCUCAACGGAUCCGCCUGCUUGGCUUGUCCGGUGGGCUACUUCAAGUCCGAGGCGGGCUCCACGCCCUGCUCGGUGUGUCCGUCCAACAGCAGAACCGGCCAAGAGGGGUCGAGUGUGUGUGAAUGUCGCAGCGCGUUUUACCGAGCAGCCAACGACGCCAACUCUUCUGACUGCACAACUCCUCCAUCUGCUCCGGCCUCUCUGUCCUGGGAGUAUGAGAGCGCCGACGGCGGGGUGUCCUUAAGAUGGCGUCCUCCAGUGGACAUGGGAGGCCGCAGCGAAGUGUGGUACGGAGUCGUGUGUCGCAUCUGCCCCUCGGCCACCUUCUCAAACCCGGCGGCGUGCUCCUGGUGCGGAGAGGGCGUGACCUUCAGCCCCGCCCAGACAAACCUGAAACAAACCAAGGUCACCCUCAACAAUCUGCUGACCAGAGUCACAUAUCUCAUACAGGUGCAAGCCAUGAAUGAGGUGUCAGCUUUGAGUCCUUUUCCAGCUCGAUACACAAGCAUCAAUUUCACAACGAGCCAGUCAGUUCCCAGCACAGUUCCCAUGAUGCACCAGCUGAGCCGAGCGCCAGACUCCAUCACUCUCUCGUGGCCUCAGCCGGACAGGCCCAACGGAGACAUCCUGGAGUACCAGCUUAGAUACUAUGACAAGGGUUCAGACGUGGACAGCGCAGCGAGUGUGUACAGUGAGACCAACACGGUGACCAUCAACCCUCUGAUCCCCGGCUCCAUCUACGCCUUCCAGAUCAGAGCUCGCAAUGAACGCGGCUACGGCCCCUACAGCAGCACCGUCUACUUCACCACGCUGCCUCUGGAGGAACAUUCUCAUCAGAUCCAGAACCGGCUUCCCCUGCUGGUCGGCUCAGUGAUGGGCGGAGCAGCAUUUCUGCUGGUGGUGGCGGCGAUUGUAGUUGUGGUGGUAUUUCGCAGAAAGAGGAGAGAGAGUCCUUACAGCGACAGACUCCAGAGGUACAUCAGUAACCGAGGUGCGGUUAAAUAUUACGUGGACCCCUCCACUUAUGAUGACCCCAGUGAGGCCGUCAAGGAGUUUGCCCGUGAAAUAGAUCCCACUCAUCUCAAGAUCGAGGAGGUGAUCGGUGCAGCCCAGUUUGGCGAGGUUUCUCGGGGCCGCUACCGUCCGAUGGGUCGCAGGGAGCUGCUGGUGGCCGUGAAGUCUAUACGCUGGGGGGCGUCCGACAGGGAGAGGGGCUUGUUCCUCAGUGAAGCAGGGGUCAUGGGACAGUUUGACCACCCCAACGUACUGAAGCUGGAGGGCGUGAUCACUCACACCUCCCCGGAGAGGAUCAUCACUGAGUUCAUGGAGAACGGGCCUCUGGACGCCUUCCUCAGGGAGAACGAGGGCCAGUUCAGCGUCCUCCAGCUCAUCGGGAUGCUCAGAGGAGUCGGUGCAGGGAUGCGUUACCUCUCUGAGAGAAACUUUGUCCACCGGGACCUGGCGGCCAGGAACGUGCUGGUCAACUCCAACCUGGUCUGUAAAGUGUCUGACUUUGGCCUGUCCCGACUCAUGAGGGGCCUGGACCACAACAUCCCGACAUACACCGCCUCGUUGGGCAGUAAGAUUCCUGUGAGGUGGACCGCACCAGAAGCCUUUCAGCAUCGCAAAUUCAGCUCGGCCAGCGACGCCUGGAGCUUUGGCAUCCUCAUGUGGGAGGUGAUGUCUUAUGGAGAGCGUCCAUACUGGGACAUGAGCAAUCAAGAAGUGAUGAAGGCAGUUGCAGAUCAAUAUCGUCUCCCGGCCCCCCACAACUGCCCCUCUGCCCUCCACUCUCUGAUGCUCCAGUGCUGGCAGAAUGAUCGCGGGGAACGGCCGGGCUUCGACUCGCUGCUCUCCUCCUUGGAUCGGCUCAUCAGGCACCCCGCCUCCCUCAAGGUGGAGCCAACUCGGAGCUGCUCUCAGCCACUGCUCAGCCCCACGCCCACAGACCUGACGGCCGUGGCAACAGUCGGUGAUUGGCUGAAGGCUUUGAGGAUGGAGAGAUAUCAGGAUGAGUUUGAUCAGGCACACCUCGACACUUUGGACAGAGUCAGCAUGCUCAGCAUGGAAGAUGUCCAGAACCUCGGGGUGAACCUGCUGGGACACCAGAGGAAGAUCGUCAGUGCUGCCCAGCAGCUCAGAGCCUUUCUGACGCAGGGGCAGGUGGAGGUGUGAAAUCCUCCUUCAGCCCAACCCGUCCCACGGAUUUCUGUGGUGUUCACACUUCUGCUUGAUGUGUCUGGUCUCACUUGUUUUUUUCUUCUUCGAUGGAGCACAUUUUAAGCCAAAAGACAAAACGAGAAUCAGCUUUUAUUCGAGGAGAAGCAUCGAGGCGCCACUCUGUAUAUUCUUCUAUACAGCCGACACUACGACCAGAUGGGGUGAAAAAGAGGAUCGGACUUCCUGCCGGUCACUCACCACAAAUAAAAGGAGCGAUGCACCGUGGGAGCCGCAGUCCAGGUCAAAGCGAGGUGCUGAGGAGAAGGAGGACUUUAAAGAAUCCUCCAUGUUUUCCACUAGAUUUUAUUUGUUGUUGGCCUUCCAGACUCCUCACCCAUCUGCAAUCCUACCUCUCACCGUCUCUUCCACUACCUUCCCCCCCUUUUCAAUUUCCCCAGCCCUCGUUGAGUGAAAACAUUUUUUUGUGAGCAUUCAAAGAAUUGCGUGACGACAAUCAAAGCCUUUUUCUAAUAUUUUGGGGUUCUUUGUAAAGAUCACUUCCUCUCCACUAAAAAGCUAAAAAAGAAAAAUGUACAGUUUGUUCACUCUAAAAUCAGUGAGGCUAACCCUGAAGUUAGAUAUGAAUCACUGCAAUAGAGACGUAUAAAACGAAAAUGCUUUUAAACGCUGAAGGCCAUGUUUUAUCUCUUUAAAAGAUCUCCAGUGUUUAAGAGCAGCCCAGUUUGUACAAUUCUCACUCUCUCUUUUGUGUCUCUCGGAGACUAAAAGGUCCAUGUACAGUAAUACGACCAACUUCACCUCAGCUGCAAAGAUAAACGUUCCUCUGAAACCAAACAGCACCCACCUUUAUGUGUACAUUUCACACUUCACCUCUUCUCUUUUUUGUUGGCUUGCUAGAUUAAGGACAUUGAAGUCAUUGAAGUGAUGUGAAUGUGUGAGAUGGGGAAGACUGACAAAUUUGGAUCUGAUUUACACUUGAAGGAAGGAGGCGAGUGCGCACCUGUGUGUCUGUGCUGUAAAUGAGGCUGUGUAUGUGCGCACCACUUAUAUAGUCUAUAUGACGCCGUGUGAGUGAGUGUGUGUGUUGAAGUGUGUCAGGCUACACACAAUAUUACCUAUGUUUACUCGUGUGAGUGUUCACCGUUAUUCCAGAAAAUUGUGCAAAUUUGUAAAAUAAAUCUGAUUUUAUUUAAUGUA